AUGGUUGGCCUAGGGCCGAGUGAUCAAGGAUGUGAUUCCUUUGAUGUGUGUAUGGUGGCACGUGAAACUACACCGAGUGCGGUCGGCCGUGAGAGCACCGCACUGAAUGUCGGUAAUGACAUUUUCGGCGAUACGCUAUUUAGUGUGGGCGGCCGUGAAGGCACCAUGCUUAACGUCGGUAAUGGCCUUGUUGGCGAUUCGCCAUAUAGUGUGGGCGGCCGUGAGGACACCACACCUAAUGUCAAUAAUGAUAUUGUUGGCGAUACGCCGUAUAGUGUGGACGGCCGUGAGGGCACCACGCUUAACGCCGGUAAUGGCGUUGUUGGCGAUACGCCGUAUAGUGUGGGCGGCCGUGAGGGCACCACACCUAAUGUCAGUAAUGAUACUGUUGGCGAUACGCCGUAUAGUGUGGACGGCCGUGAGGGCACCACACCUAAUGUCGGUCAAGACAAAAGCUCUCGCAUAGAGCGUCUCGAAGAGACGAUCGAGACGCCGGGUAGCUACUUUUAA